UUUCUUUAUAUAGAUGGAGGAAAUCUUUUUGAUGUGGAUGACGUGUGAGAUGACAGAUGGAAUGUACCACAGCAGAAAGGGUGGAUGGUGCCACACAUCAUUGUACCUCGUGCUCCCUACGCCAUUCUUUUCCUCUUUUCAGUCCUUGCUCUCUAAAUUCUACUGAAAUAUUUCAAUCACGCCAAUUCCAUUGCACUGGACUCGUGUUUCUUAUUCUGCUUAUCUGAAGCCGAUUAAAGGUGCCAGCCAUGGCAUUGAUGUCCCAUCCUGGUUCAUCUCACAUCAUCCAUUCUGAGGUUAUACAGUGUAAAACUAGAUACAAUGGAGUUAAUAGCUUUGCCAACACAUUUGAUUCAGCCAGAAAAAAGGAAACCUUAUUAGGUCUGCGGUCCCAUUCACGCAGUUCCCUGAAGGUGAAACCAUGCUUGAGUUCUUUUGGCACUGGAGUGCGAAGGAGGCAAGAGCGCCAGGUAACUGUUGCUGCAAGUCCUCCUACAGAAGAUGCCGUUAUCUCAACUGAGCCACUUACAAAAGAAGAUCUCGUAGCUUACCUUGCUUCAGGUUGCAAGCCUAAGGAAAACUGGAGGAUAGGCACUGAGCAUGAAAAGUUUGGGUUUGAGAUCGGAACAUUAAUCCCCAUGAAAUAUGAACAGAUAGCUGAGCUUCUAAACGCUAUAUCUGAGAGAUUUCACUGGGAUAAAAUAAUGGAAGGUGAAAACAUUAUUGGACUCACACAAGAUAAACAAAGUAUCUCGCUGGAGCCUGGUGGCCAAUUUGAGCUUAGUGGUGCGCCCCUUGAAACUCUGCAUCAAACUUGUGCUGAAGUCAAUUCUCAUCUUUAUCAGGUUAAGGCUGUUGCUGAGGAGAUGGGGAUUGGAUUUUUAGGAAUUGGCUUCCAGCCCAAAUGGAGGCGUGAAGACAUACCGAUAAUGCCCAAGGGAAGAUACAUAAUAAUGAAAAAUUACAUGCCCAAAGUUGGUUCGCUGGGACUUGAUAUGAUGUUUAGAACAUGUACCGUCCAGGUGAACCUGGAUUUUGAUUCUGAAGCUGACAUGAUAAGGAAGUUCCGGGCUGGACUUGCCUUACAGCCUAUAGCUACAGCAUUGUUUGCAAAUUCACCAUUCACUGAAGGGAAACCAAACGGCUAUCUUAGCAUGAGGAGUCAAAUAUGGACAGACACUGACAAUAAUCGAGCUGGAAUGCUUCCUUUUGUCUUUGACGACUCCUUUGGGUUUGAACCGUAUGUAGAAUAUGCUCUUGACGUCCCUAUGUACUUUGUCUAUCGGCAGAAAAAGUAUAUUGAUUGUUCCGGAAUGUCCUUCCGGGGUUUUUUGGCUGGGAAACUUCCAUGUCUUCCAGGUGAAUAUCCAACUCUCAACGACUGGGAGAAUCAUUUAACAACAAUAUUUCCGGAGGUUAGGCUUAAAAGAUACUUGGAGAUGAGGGGUGCUGAUGGAGGACCUUGGAGGCGGUUAUGCGCGCUACCUGCAUUUUGGGUUGGUCUCUUGUAUGAUGAGGUCUCUCUACAAAAUGUUUUGGACAUGACAGCAGAUUGGACUCCUGAGGAAAGACAAAUGCUUAGAAAUAAGGUCCCAAAGAGUGGGCUAAAGACACCAUUUCGUGACGGGCUGCUGAAGCAUGUAGCGCAAGAAAUUGUCAAGUUUGCUAAGGAUGGCUUGGAAAGAAGAGGCUUCAAGGAAACCGGAUUUUUAAAUGAAGUGACUGAAGUUGUUAAUACUGGUAUAACUCCAGCCGAGAAACUCCUUGCUCUGUACCAUGGAAAGUGGGGACAAAGUGUCGAUCCUGUAUUUGAAGAGCUGCUCUACUAGAGGUCGUUUGUGGAUAUGAUUUUAAUAUUUUGUCUCUUUCUAGGUGAUCAGGAAUAUUAUUGACAUGACAGAUUAGUUUUUCUUUCUUGUGUAUCAGAUAUUACUAUCUCAAGCAACCUUGUAUUUUGGGUGGUCUUUUUCAAGAUCGGACCAGGACGGUGUGAACGUGCCUCCCCUGGUACUAAGCCUCGCGUGCUAUAUAAUCAGUUGGAAGCUGAAAUUUUUCAUUGUACCCCGCAGAACUACAUACAUACUUCUCCGAUUUGAACCCCACCCGAAUAGGAAAGGUUAGAUUUAGUUUUGAUGAAGAUUUCUUACUCUUAAGGUCAGCUUCUGCGUCUCUCAUUCCUCAUUUGUUUCGCUUUCUCGUUGCUUCGUGUUGUGCUAUGUAUGUACCUCGUCGGGGCGUGCAUGAAUAAUUUCCAUGCACUGUUGCAUUAUAUGAGUAUAAUCCAAUGCAAUUUGAUUACCUAA